AACUAACAUUCACAUAUUUUGCAUAGUUUACUUACAGACGGGGUUGGCUGCAUUUCAAUGGAGACGCUGUCAAAAACACCCGGUGAUGCUGCUGCUGCUGCUACGCGGGAGAAGGAGCUCUGUCCACCGCCAGCACCCAGAGGAGUAGUAUCCGACAGCCUUUCACUCCCAUCAUAUAAGGACUACCCUUCUCACCGUCCCUUCAUCAGCACUCAUUUGCAUCACACAACCCAGACACGCUCAUAUCAGUCUGGUCGCCCAUCAUCACCCAGAAAGGCAUUUCCAGAGACCAGCAGUGCAGAGAUCUUAUCCGCCUUGAGGAACCUCCAGGAGAAGAUCAAGAGGUUGGAGUUGGAGAAAGGACAUGCGGAGCGCAGUCUGCACACUGUGGGGGAAAACGCAUCAUACACACAUCUGCAGUGUGACAAAGUCACGCAGAGACUCUCAAAGGAUCACAUAAAUCCAGAAACAGAGAUAAGUGGACAGUCCAACUGCAAUCAAGUGUUGAUCACUCACCUGGCUGCUGCAGAGUCUCGCUGUGUGAAGCUGGAGCGACAGCUGGAUCACAUGAAGAGGAUGCUGCGCAGUGCCAAGGCAGAAAGGACCAUCCUGCUCCAACAGCAGGUUUCCAUGGAGACGACCAGGUCAGCUGAUCAACAGACUGACACGGUGUCUGAGAAUGCCCAGUUGGAGAAGCUGGAUCGACUGGAGCAGGAGUAUCUGAGGCUGACACGUACACAAAACAAGGCUGAGAUGAAGAUCCGGGAGCUGGACAUGAAACUACAGGAGGAGGAGCACCAGAGAAAGCUUGUCCAGGAUAAGGCCAAUCAGCUACAGACAGGUUUGGAGACCAACAGGAUACUGCUGCAGUCGGUGUCUCCCUGCCUGUCCAGCAGACAGUCCAAAGAGAAGAAGUCUUAUUCAAAGAAAUCCUCACCCCAGCAGUCUUCCUACACACAGCCACACUAUAGACUGAGCCUCAGAGAUGUACCUUUUGUCACUGGAACGUCAGUAGGCUGCAGCCACUCAGUCCGAGCAAACGUCCAGUCGGUUUUGUCUCUCCUGAAGCGACACCAGCCUCACCUCUGCAACAGCCGUGUCCUCUCUAACAACGCGAACGGCUACGAGACGGGUUGUCGCAGGCACUCAGACGGCUCCUCCUCUUCCUCCUCCGCUAGCGGUGAGGAGCUGUCAGAGCUGCUGCAAGCACUACAGGAGGAGCUGAGACUCAUGAGCUUGGAGCAGGACGAGUUGAUGAGGCAGGUGGAGGACAGUGUCUCAGACCAGGAGAGGAAAGAACUUCAGAGGGAGCAGGAGAGGCUGCUGCUGAAAAUGGAGAGGAAAGGAGAACAAAUCAAUAAGCUGUACAAACACAAAACACAGAUAAAGAAGUUAAGAAAGGAAGCUAAUUCCAGGCGAAACAGUGGGAGUGAGGCGAGGGUGACUUCCACAACGUCCACUAGAGGUCGCUCUGCUGCAGCAGUCAAAGUUAGACCAGGAGAGAGAAGCAAGGGGAACCUGAGGCUGCUGAGGGACAUGAGGGCUCUGCAGACCCACCUGAAACCCACCAGGACAUGAACACAUUACAUUAUGUUGAUCUUGUUGGUGCUAUCUACCUACAGCCACUAUUUAAAAAAAAAAUGUAACACAUCUAAACAGACUUUGUUUAAACAAGACCUACGUUUUCUCUACCAGUCCGCCCGAAGUGCAUUUUGUCAGUUUGUUGUCUGAUUAGUCAUCUUGUCAAAUGACGUUGAUGUUUCUACAUUAUAAUUGACUUCUUUAUUAAGAAUGGUUCAAACCUCUCCCUAGACUUUACUUGAUGUUUAAGUUGAAAAAGAAAUUCUCAUUUUAAACAAUAACGGACAACCUGGACUUCUGAGUCUCAUAAAAUAAAUUAUAUAUAUAUAUAUUUUUUUUUCUUUCCUUAAAUCGUAAAAUUUCCUGGUCCUAAAACAUUCCUGGGUUGCUUGAUAGUUACAGAUUCUCACACUUAGCUUAAAUAUUCAUGAUUGAAGAUGCAGCAGCCAUUGGUAGUUGCUGCAGUGAUGAAAUUGUUUGAUACAUAUUUCUGCAAUUUGAUUUGCCUAAUUUUGUGCUGAAGGACCUAAGAUACACUGUGCUGUAUUUGGUUAUAACAACUGAACCCCCUUGAUGUGUUGUAUUGCAGACUCUCAAUAUGUGUGUAUAUGCACGCAUGUGUUGUGUGUUAUGAUCAGAAAAUUUGUAUUAUUUCUACAAAAAUAUAUAGGAUUUUGUU